AUGCCCCUCACCCAAAAGCAAUUCGUCCUCGGUUUCGUCUCCCAGCGACGCGGCACCAUAUUUCUCAUAUGCGUCUUUAUUGCCUUCAUGCAGGCCGGCCUCUUUUCCGGACACUGGUCACACAACCACCUCGACGCGUAUCCGGACCAGAUCGUCGAGGAGUCCUACUGGGGCUCGCAGGCUGCAAAAUUCCUGCGUCUAGCGGAGUCGACCAAGAAAGUCGUGAGGGAACACCCCAUUCCCAAGUUGAUGGACCAGGCAGAGGCCAGAUUCAGAGAGAAGGUCGACAGGCAGAGUAAAACCCUCCAGGCGGCUGUCAAGGAGUACAAGAGGAGGUACGAGCGAAACCCGCCCAAAGGUUUCGACGAAUGGUGGCACUUCGCCAAGGCCAACAACGCGACAUUUGUGGAUGAGUACGACGGUCUGGUGUCCGACUUGGCACCAUUCUGGUCAUUAUCAGGGGCUGAACUGCGACGGCGGACUGAACAAGUAGGCCAACUUCCGUCCAUUGAUUUAGUGCGGCUCGAGAAAGGAAAAACCUCAAUAAUCAAGAAUGACGACUUCAGGGAUUCCGAGGCCAUGGCCAGAGCACAUGGGUUCCGCAGGAUGAUAGAACGCUUCCAAGACAAGCUGCCGGACAUGAACUUUCCCGUAAACGCAAAGGCAGAAGGCCGCGUUCUCGUACCAUGGGAGCACCAGAAAUAUCCGAAUCUCACCAAACAAGACUCUUCUGGUGGCGUUGAAGAUAUGCUGGGAGGGCCAUUCCCCGCCGACUGGAGAGGCAACGGCAACGUCUGGGAAGCAUGGCGGCGCACUUGUCCUCCAUCCUCCCCAGCCCGACGCUUAUUCGCCUCCGUGCGCAAUACCUUCACCAAGAAGGUACCGAAUUACCUUGCAGCGAACCACACAUCUCCGGGCAACGAUUUCAGUUUCGUCCCCGCCACCGCGUCGAAAUUCGAUUUUUGCGAGAAGCCGCACGCGCAUUAUACUCAGGGGCAUUUCUUCUCAGAUUGGCGCACCAUUCCUGUGCUUUACCCCGUCUUCAGCCCAGCGAAGACCGCGGGGUAUCUCGAUAUUAGGAUACCGAGUCACUACUACUAUGGUAGCACGAAACGCUACACGUACGGAUGGGAUCCCGUCAACAUGGUGUUGAAAGAAGUUGACGAUAUGGAGAAACCUUGGGAGGCGAAGGUCGACAAGAUCUUUUGGCGAGGCGCAAGUACUGGUGGGGGGAGUCACCCUCCCGGAUUCUCGCAUCAAUACCAGAGACAUCGGUUCCUGCGUAUGACGUCCGACACAUCCGACGCGAAUCGUACAAUCACCUUUGAGGAUCCCCCAGGCUCGAAGAACUUCGUAUCCGCCGCCGUCCCCCUCGCGAAACUGAACGAGGAGAUUAUGGACGUCGCCUUCGUCAAGAUCACCGAUGCGGAGAACUACCCAGGCGGGCUCCCAGCUAUGCAGCAACACCAUCGGAUGGCGGACUCGGUGCCACUGGGCAGGCAUUGGGCGUAUAAGUACCUGAUUGAUAUGGAUGGUAUGGGGUAUAGUGGCCGGUUUAUGGCGUUCCUUGCGAGCGACAGCGCGGCGCUCAAGGCGACGAUAUACGAGGAAUACUACUCAGAUUGGAUUGAACCUUGGGUGCACUUUAUCCCGUUGUCGAACAGCUAUCGGGAGAUCUACAACAUCUACGCGUACUUUUCUGGUCCCACGAACUCUACGAUACAAGCCGUGAACGGGACGCAGACGCAGGGGGAUUCUGAUUCCGAGUUCCCUCUACCGCUAGAACCAGAACCGAGACUUUCGGUGGAGGGCAAUAGGAGGCUGCGCAGGAUUGCGAGAGCCGGCAAGCAGUGGAAGAAGACGAUUGGGAGGACGAUUGAUAUGGAAGUUUAUGUGUAUCGCCUAUGCCUGGAGUGGGCUCGAUUGUUCGCAGACGAUCGUGACUCUAUGGACUUUAAUCUGUAA